AUGAAACGAUCGGGUGGCAGUGAGAGCGAGAAGAGAAGAAAGAGGCGCAGGCUGCUGCAGGAGCUAGGAGACCAGCGUAUCCCCUACCUCGGGCCCUCAGACCAUGGCUUCCAACAGCUGUGGGAGACUAGCUACUCUGGCCUGGCUCUGCGGCGGUCCUGCUCCCUGCCUGAGGAGCUCCAUGGUCGGGUGGAGGCUGCUCUGCUCACCCUGCGGCGGAGGGGCUGUUUCCUGAGGGACCUGGUGAAGGUGAGGGACCGAGACGUCUUCACCGCCGUGUCCCGGGUGCUGCUGGGUCAGCCAGGAACCACCUACCGCUACCUGGACACGCGGCUCUUCACCAUCCCCUGGCACACAGACGAGCAGAGAGGGACCUGCUGCGACCCAGACCUCAGCGCCGCCUGCAAAGCACUCUGGGAGCUCAACCGCUUCUUCUGCUCUGAUGUCGGAGACAGGAAGGAGGGGGAUGUUUUCAAGCAGUGCAGGAAAGAGUUGGUUGGUGCUAUAGAGUCUAAACCCAGUGUAGAAGGAGACACGGAGUCUAAAGAUAGCGAGGAGUCCAAACCCAGUGACGAUGGAGGAGACUCGGAGUCCAAGCAGAGUGAGGAGGGAGAGACUGAGUCAAAGCACAGCGACGAUUGGGACAUAGAGUCAAAACACAGUGAAGAGGAAGGCCCAUCGUCCAAACAGGAUGCAGCGUGGGAGUCAAGACACAGCGACGAGAUGGGAGACAUGAAGACUAAACAAACUGAACUGGGUAGUCCAGCGGGGUCAAAACAACACAGUGAGGGAAAACACACAGGCUGGAAGCACAGGCCAGCUGGCAGCACAGAGACAGAGACCACAGGCCUAGGCCCUCAGGAGAAGCCUGUGGCUGAGCUAAAACACAGUCUCUCUGGGUACCACAUUGAAGAUGAGGAGGAUGAAGACCAGCAGAGUGGCCAGGGAUGCUCUAACCUCAACCCUGCUAAGACAUCCUGUCCUGGCCCGACCCAGUUCAACGUCACCCUGCUCAACUACAUGGACCCAGCAGCUAUGAGCCAGCUGAAAGAAGAGCCGUAUUAUGGGAUGGGUAAGAUGGCUGUGGGCUGGCACCAUGAUGAGAACCUGGUCAGCCUAUCACCUGUGGCCGUCUACAGCUACAGCUGUCAUGACGACGACAAAGGUGUGAGCUCGGAGGAGGGUCCUACAGAGAAGGGCUGCUGGAGGAUUGGUUUAAAGUUGGCCUGGGACGUCCACACCCCUGGAUUGACCCUCCCACUGCAGUCCGGUGACUCCUACUACCUGAGAGCGGUGCUGGUGGUGUCUCUAUGGAGUGGAGAGGACAGGCAGCGGGCCAGGAGGGUGUAA